GAAAACCAGAAGACUGAUCAUAGUGUCUAGUCUCAGACAAACACAGAGAUGUCUGUGUCUCUAAGUUACACUUGUCUUCUUCGAUUACCAACCUUUUCAGUUCCAACGAAACCCAUUAUUCUCAAUGGACCUCUCCCUUUUCAUGUAUCAAGAUCUCAUAUUUCCUCUUCUCGUUUUGGUUUCAAUUCAAACCCAUUCUCAAGAACUCAGACCCCAAGAUUCUUCAAGUGUUUGCCUCAGAGAGUGUCUGAUGAACGCAGAGAAACACAAGUAACAACGAAAGAAGAAGAUGAUGAAGAAAAAAAGGUUGUCGUAUUUGAGAGGCUCUUCUCUAACCUUAAUCAAUCAACAUUGAAGCGAGAAUCCGGAAGUUUGUCCAGUGCAAUUUUCUUGGUUGCUGGCACUACCGUAGGUGCAGGGAUACUUGCGAUUCCAGCUGUGACACAAGAAUCAGGUUUUCUUGCCUCUGCAGUUGCCUGCAUUCUCUGUUGGGCUUUCAUGGUUGUGACAGGUUUGCUGGUUGCUGAAGUAAAUGUCAACACUAUGAGUGAACUAGGCUCUGGAGGCGUAUCUCUUGUUUCAAUGGCGAAGCGGACUCUUGGGUCUGUUGGAGUUCAAGUUGUUAGUUGGACUUAUCUUCUCAUACAUUACACCCUUCUUGUGGCCUACAUUGCUCGGUCUUCAGGCAUCCUUACAAACUUCCUCGGCAUUCCAAUAUGGGAGAGUGCAACUCUGUUCUCACUAAUCUUCGGAGGUCUUUGCUUCUUUGGAAGCCAGCGAUUCAUCGGUGCAGCCAAUGGGGUUCUGGUGUUUGGAGUAAUUGCAUCGUUUGCAGCACUCGUGGCAGUUGCAAGUGGAGACUUGCACUGGGAAGCUCUUCUCAAGGCUAACUUUGAGGCCGUUCCCAUGAGUAUACCUAUCAUUGCCUUGUCAUUUGUUUAUCAGAAUGUGGUGCCGGUUCUCUGCACAGAUCUUGAAGGAGACUUGCCGAAAGUAAGAACCGCGAUUGUUCUUGGCACAGCCAUACCACUCUGCUUGUUUCUUGUGUGGAACGGUGUAAUUCUUGGGUCGUUUCCAGCAGAUACUGGGGUGGCUACUGAGAAGAUAGUCGAUCCUCUGCAACAAUUGAGAUCAAGUAGUGUCACUGUCGGUCCUUUUGUGGAAGCAUUCUCUCUUUUUGCAAUUGCAACAUCUUAUAUAGGGUUUGUCUUAGGCCUCUCUGAUUUCUUCUCUGACUUAUUGAAGCUUCCGAGUGGCCAGAACAAGCCUCUUCUUUACUUGCUUACUCUGGUUCCACCGCUUGUCCUGUCCCUUCUGGACCCAGAGAUUUUCUUCAAAGCCUUAGAUUUUGCCGGGACAUAUGGAGUUCUGGUAUUGUUCGGAAUCCUCCCAGCAGCAAUGUCUUGGUCAGAUAGGUAUAUAGUCUCAUCGUCAACAGUGACAAGAUUGCCACAACUUGUUCCAGGAGGAAAACUCACCCUUUCUCUUGUCAUGGGAGCUGCAGGAUACGUGAUUCUUUCUGAAGUAGUAGAGAAUUUUUCAGGGUACCUAAGUAGUUCUUAACAAUAAUGCAACGGAAUAGUA